AUGGCAUCCGCUCCCCGUCUUCGAGUUCCGCCCCCGCAGCCGCCAGAGGGUCACAAAGGGUGGGGAAUGGAAUCCAUCAGUGACACUGUAUCUAAGGCCAGCAAGGUAGGACGCUCAGUUCUUCUCUCGUUCGAUGAGAUGCCAGAAUGGUUUCGGCGUGAAUCCAACCAGUGGAUUCUCCAUGGCUAUCGGCCCAUCUCAGGCUCGGCUCACGCUUCGUUCUGUAGUUGGUCGUAUAUCCACAACGAGUCGGUUAACAUCUAUUCCCACCUCAUCCCGGCCGUUUUCUUCCUGCUCGGCGAGUGGUAUAUCCGGCAGUACCUUACCAGCAGAUACUCCGGGGUCACUGGCGCCGAUUUCAUUGCAUUCUCCGUCUUCAUGUUGACGGCCGUGACAUGCCUGUCGUUGUCGGCGACGUAUCACACCUUGAUGAACCACUCCCAGCAUGUGGAACGUUUCUGCCUGCGGCUGGAUAUGCUGGGUGUAGUAAUCUUUAUACUGGGUGACCUUGUCUUGGGAAUAUACAUGGUUUUCUGGUGUGAGCCUUUGCCGCGCAAUAUCUACUGGUCUCUGAUUGGAGUUUCUGGGACGUUGACCAUCUUCACGACAAUGCAUCCCAAGUUCCAGGGCUCAAAUUAUCGCCUCUUCCGAGCAUUAAUGUUCGUCGCGACUGGCUUAUCCGGUGUUGCGCCAUUGAUCCAUGGACUCAAUGUGUUCGGCAUGUCGCUGAUGAUGAGAAAAGCUUUCCCCUAUACACUGGCAAAAGCAGGCUGCCUUCUAUCUGGGACUUCGUUUUAUGCAACCAGGUUUCCCGAAAGUCGAUAUCCCGGCAAAUUCGACCUAUGGGGCUCCCAUUCGAUCUUCCACGUCCUGGUGGUAUGCGCCGCUGUGGUCCAGUUGAUGGGGUAUCUGGAUGCCUUCGACUAUGCCCACGCAAAUCUUACCUGCUCGUCUCCUUGA